UGGUUAGCAUACGUUUACUGUAUUUUCUUGUGAUAAUUUUCUUUUCUCUGGUCUGAAAGCCUAGUUCUUGACAUAUCGAUUCAUGUGUAGCAUUUGGUUGUAUGAGAGUCUAGGGUUUAUGAUCUUAUAUUCUCUGCACUGCUUUAUUUAUUCAAUUUUUUUUUUAGAUACUUUUGGUGGGAAAUUAAUGAGUUUGUGACUUGGGAGUUAUGGAAUUUGAUUGUCUUGAUAUUGGGUAUUAGAUUGAUCAUUGGGUUUAAAAUUAUGUUGAAAUUCUGAGUUUAAUUUGUUAGGAAUUCAGCACGAUGAGUACUUUGGUAUUAAGCCUUGGAUUGUCCAUAUAUGGUAAAACUUUUUAUUUUGAUUUAGCAUGAAUCGUCGAUUUGGUUCUAUGAAGUAAUAGAUUGCUCACUUGUGCUUUUUAAGUGUAUGGAGUCAAUGGAUAUGUUGGAUGCGACUUAUCGAGCCUGGCUCUUUGGUAUCAGAAACUCAAAAUGCCACUUGAACUGUACCUUAUAUGCCCAGAAGUGGAAGCGGCUGAAGCUUUUUGGCCUACAGGCUACGAGGCUGAUUGCAGAAGAGUUAUUCUUGUGCUUUCUCUUGUUUAGCAAAGGCAGCAUUAGGGGCUCAAUAAAGGCUAAUUAACUGUUCUCUUUCUCACGGAUUUUUCCCCCAGUGAAUUCCUGGGCUCUGCUGUUUCUGGUACUGGCUGUGAAAAAAAGGCGUCAUCAUCAUGACAUCUUCGAUGCAUGAUCUAUCUUCUCACGCUGAUAAUGGUGGAUUAGAAGAACAACAGAAGCAACAUCAGCAACAGUUACAACAUCAGUACUCAACUGGUGCAAUUUUCCAAUCAACUAGCAUGGCAAGCCCCUCUGUCGAGUAUCUAAUGCCUCGCUCUCACCUUGAAGUGGGACACAAUGUGCAGGCUCAGCCAGCGUACCCCUAUCCAGAUCCCUACUAUGGAAGUCUUCUUGCAGCCUAUGGCGCACACGCUGUGAUGCAUCCACAUAUGAUGGGGAUUCAUCAAGCUGGCCUUCCUUUGCCUACUGAUGCAGUUGAAGAACCUGUAUAUGUCAAUGCAAAGCAAUAUCACGGAAUAUUACGGCGUCGACAGUCUCGUGCAAAAGCUGAAUCUGAAAAUAAAUUGAUCAAAUCCCGUAAGCCCUAUUUGCACGAAUCUCGACACUUGCAUGCUUUGAGAAGGGCCAGGGGUUGUGGGGGCAGAUUUCUCAAUGCGAAGACUGAUGAAGACCAGCAAAAUAAAUAUGAAGACCAGCAAAACAAUUCCCACCACCCCAACAACUCUAACAGCUCUCAUAACUCAAUAACUUUAGGAAAAGAACAUGCUUCUGCUGAGCAGGCAUCCUAAAACCCAAAUUCUCUCUUUAGCGUGUACAGAAGAGGAGAGAUGGCAGGCCUGCAUCAAACUCAACUCGUUGGUUUUGUCCUCACCAUGAAAUAUUGAACUGGUAUUCUUUAGGAGCUCUUGGAAUAAUCUAUGCUAUAUCUUUUCAUGUUCUUUUUAGGAUUUUCUUUGCAUUCUUUAGUAAGAGAGAAACAGUCCCUUUGGUCAGGAUGUUGGUCCACCCAUGAUUGACCUCCGUUUGGUUAGUAUUCUGUUGUAUUAUGUACAGUUGAUGGCUUUCUUUAUGUUGAUAUAUAUUAGCAA